UUCACUUGGUUUGUAAACCAAGGUUGUGAGAUUUGAAGUGUUCAAAUGGCUAUGCAUAAGGUGUUUGGUGCGGUUUUAUUUGUGUUAUUAGGUGUAGGCAUCUGUUCUGCAACUAGAGCUCUACUCACUCUAAACGAUGUAGGUUCUCACCUACCAGGUAUUGGUCAUGGUGGUGCCACCAUUGGUGUAUAUGGUGGUGUUGGGCUCGGUGGAGGAGGUGGAGGCGGUUCAGGAGGUGGUGGUGGUUCUGCGGUUGUAGGAGGAGGUGUAAGUGCUGGACAUGGAGGUGGUGGUGGUAGCGGAGAAGGUGGUGGUGUUGGAAAUGGAGGUGCUGGUGGGCAUGGAGGUGGUGGUGGUAGUGGUGGAGGCGGAGGUAGUGCAGGUGGAGCUUCUGGAUAUGGAAGUGGAGUUGGUGAAGGAGGUGGAGCUGGUAGUGGAGCUGGAAAUGGAGGAGGUGGUGGAGGUGGAGGUAAGGGUGGUGGCGGAGGCGGAGGUAGUGCUGGUGGAGCUGGAGGAUAUGGAAGUGGAAGUGGAAGUGGAGAAGGUGGUGGAGCUGGUAGCGGAGCUGGUAAUGGUGGUGGUGGACAUGGAGGUGGUGGAGGUGGUGGUAGUGGUGGUGGUGGUGGAGGCGGAGCUGGAGGAUAUGGAAGUGGAAGUGGAAGUGGAAGUGGAAGUGGAAGUGGUGAAGGUGGUGGAGCUGGUAAGGGUGGUGGACAUGGAGGUGGUGGAGGUGGUGGUAGCGGUGGUGGUGGUGGAGGUGGAGCUGGAGGAUAUGGAAGUGGAAGUGGAGGAGGAAGUGGCUCUGGGUAUGGUUCUGGCAGUGGUGGUAGCGGUGGCGGCGGCGGUGGUGGUAGCGGUGGCGGCGGUGGUAGUGGUGGAGGAGCACAUGGAGGUGGAUAUGGUAGUGGGGAAGGAGUCGGGGGAGGUUCUGGUGGUGGCGGCUCCAGUGCAGGAGGUGCACAUGAAUGAAGAUAUGGAAGUGGUGGUGGCCAUAGUAGCUAUGCCCCAUGAAAGCACCUUACUAUCACUAAUACUCUACACUAAGAUUAUGAAUUUUCUUACCGCAAGUAAUAACAAAAAUAAGGUUAAUUUAGGUAAGAAAAUCAAAAUGCUCAAAAGCAUUGCUAGAGACUAUGGAAGUGAAAUGAAUGGCUUUAGAAAUUGUAUGAAAUGAAAUUCAUAUAAAUAUAGACAUAUUUAAAGUUAAAA